AUGUCUUCUGAAGGAACUCCCCUUCUCGCUGGACAUGUACCUAAGGGUAUGUACGUUCCUGCCGGUCCCGACGACAAGCGCAGUCCAUGCCCCAUGGUCAAUUCGCUCGCAAACCACGGAUACCUUCCUCGCGAUGGACGAAACGUCCUUGCUCACGAGAUAAAAGCCGCGAUGAACGAGGCGGGCAUCUCGGCAACCCUUAAUGCCCUGUUCGUCAACGCCAUCUACAACGUACACAAGGAAAAGGAUGAGAAGGACAAGCUCCUGUCUCGUGUGUGGACCACGGCCUGCGACCCAUGGACCCUUUUAUCGAGAUUUGGAAUGCGCAGACCGGGCCAAACGGACAGUUUCGGAAGACCAAUCCUCGACCUUGAUCAACUUGCUCUCCCAGGGGCUGUGGAGCACGACAUCUCCUUGACGCGAAGAGACCACGACCAGAAAGAGGGCAACUGCGCUCGACAGGAAGAUCUUGUGGACGACCUCUUAGCGUCUUCUACAGACCGAAAGAAUAUCACGAGGGAGGGUUUGGCAGGCCUGCGCAGGCGACGAAUCGCGACUCAACGGGAGGACAAUCCAGGCUUGACGUACGGACCGCUUCAGCACGAGAUGUCCUGCGGUGAGAUUGCACUGAUCCUGGGUGUGUUUGGCGAUGGAAAGAGUGCUCCGUAUGAUUUUGUUGCUCCUUUCCUGCAAGAAGAGCGGUUGCCUAUCAAGGAAGGCUGGACGAAGCGUUGGUGGUGGACUCUGGGGUUGGUCGAGGUCAAGAUCAUUGCGACCCAGGUGAAGAGUCUGAUUGGUUUGCAGAUCGAAUAA